AAUGACAAUUGACAUUAUUGAGAAGGAAGUGUCAACUGUCAAAUAACAAGUUUCUGGUGGUGUACUUAGGUUUUAGUAAAUGAACAUUAUUUAAAUAAACGAGACUUGAUAAUAAAUGAAAUUUAUGUAGUUAUUUAUUUUGUUUACGCCAAGAGUGAGAUAUUAUAUAUUUUAAACAGUAUUACUUGAAAGUGACCUAGCUCUUAAUAUCUACAGCAGUGUAAAAGAUACACAAACAUGGAUCAAAUGUUACCUAGUCCGUUCAAUAUACCGGGUAUAGGUACGCCUGUGCAUCAGCCCGAAGAAGAUCAGCAAAUCCUUCCAAAUGCUAUGCAACAACAGCAGCAGCAUCAAAACCAACAGCAUCAACAACAACAACAUUCUUUGGCCUCAUUGGGCUCCUCUCCACUAGUUGGCUUUGGAGCUUCUCUUAUGGGAACCCCUCAACGUUCUAUGCAUACUUAUGCACCAACUGCAAGUUAUGCAACUCCACAGCAAAUGAUGCAGCCUCAGACACCGCAAAAUAUGAUGUCUCCCAUGAUAUCUGGUGGAAGUAUUGCUGGCCAACAAAUGCUUAAUCAGACUUGCCCUUCUCCAAUGACUCCUAUGACUCCACAUUCAGCAGAUCCAGGCAUACUACCACAACUUCAAAAUAUUGUAUCUACUGUCAACUUAUUUUGUAAAUUAGAUUUAAAGAAAAUAGCAUUGCACGCUAGGAAUGCUGAAUAUAAUCCUAAACGAUUUGCUGCUGUUAUAAUGAGGAUAAGAGAACCAAGGACAACUGCAUUAAUAUUCUCGUCUGGCAAGAUGGUGUGUACAGGAGCAAAAAGUGAAGAGGACUCAAGACUUGCUGCUAGAAAAUAUGCUAGGAUUAUACAGAAACUAGGCUUUUCUGCAAAAUUUUUAGAUUUUAAAAUUCAAAAUAUGGUGGGAAGCUGUGAUGUCAAGUUUCCUAUUCGUCUAGAAGGUUUAGUGCUUACCCAUGGUCAGUUCAGUUCUUAUGAACCAGAAUUAUUUCCGGGACUUAUAUAUAGAAUGGUAAAACCAAGGAUUGUUCUUCUUAUUUUUGUAUCUGGUAAAGUUGUAUUAACAGGAGCAAAAGUAAGACAAGAAAUUUAUGAGGCAUUUGAUAACAUCUAUCCUAUACUGAAAAGUUUCAAAAAACAGUAGUCUUAGUUAGUCUUAGUUUUCAAGCAAAAAAAAGUGUUACUUUUGUUUGAAAUAAUAAAAAAAUGUUUUUAUUAAA